AAAGCGACGGAGAAAAAGAAAAGAAAAAGAAAAAGAAAUGAGAGAGAAAAGAAAAAAAGAAUACUCAUCCUCAACAAUAAGAAGACACAACCCUUACUGUUUUUCUCCCUUUAAUUUCUUUCCAUGUAAGCCUCUUUGCUUUCUUCUCCAGCCUUCUUAUCUCUCUUCAACAAAUUUUCUAUACAGGAACCUCUUUAAUUCCAUAGCAGGAAGAGGAUAUACGAUCAAACCAGAACUGCUAGAAGUAAUAGUUUGUUUUCUGUCGUUUUGUGAUGGGUUCUAUAGGGAAUCCAAAGGCUUGGGUUCCAUAUGUGAAUAGCAAAGAUUGUUCUCAGGGAUUUUGCAGCUUGUAUUGUCCACAAUGGUGCUACAUAAUCUUCUCUCCUCCACCUCCUUUUGACGAUCAAAUGUCUAAAGACAAUUCAAGUCCAACUUUUUCGCCCCUUGUAAUUGCCAUCAUCGGCAUUCUUGCAAGCGCUUUCCUUCUUGUAAGUUAUUACACCAUAAUCUCUAAAUAUUGUGGCAAUAGAAACUCUGCAAGAGGAAGAGAAAACAACCCUGAUUCAACUCAAGAAUUGGCUGACAAUAGCAACCCUUCUCUCCAUGAACCUUGGCAUGCUGCAACAGCUGGCUUAGAUGAUGCUCUCAUCAAGUCCAUUACGGUUUGUAAGUACAACAAGGGAGAUGGUUUGAUUGAAGGCACUGAUUGCUCGGUUUGUCUCAGUGAGUUCGAGGAAGAUGAAAGCGUCAGACUUUUACCAAAGUGUAGCCACGCUUUCCAUGUUCAUUGCAUUGAUACAUGGCUUAAAAAUCAUUCAAAUUGCCCUCUGUGUCGCUCAACCAUCUUUUUCAUCGGUGCUUCGCCUCCCCAGUUACCUCCAAUCACGGAAACUCCUUCAUAUCAAGACUCAUUACAAGAUAGCCAAGCAGCAAGUGAAAAUGCAGCAAUUGCACAAGAUAUAGAAAGAGGCGUCGGCGAAGAGGAAAGAAUGCAGAAUGACGGGUUCCCAAAAAGUCCAUUACGCGCUUUUAGUGAUCUGGGGAAUUUUCAAGGAAGAAAUACAGCAAUUGAGAUCACAGAAGAAGGAUGUCAACACAUAGGAAGAUCAGCUUCAAUGGAUCAUUCAUGUCAAACCCGAAUUUCAAUUGCUGAUAUGCUUAGAAUGAACCAAGACGAAGAUAUUAUUCACGAGGAAGAAUGCAGUGGAAGAGCAGGAUCAUCAAAACAAUCAACAGAAAUCAGCAAGUCGAUGAACAGGAAAAAGGGUUUGCAUUGUGUAAGGAGUACUCCCGUGAUGAAGAGAUCGUUUUCAAGUGGGAGAUUCUUGCUUUCCAGGCAAGGGAGAGUGCGAGACUCUAUCAUCCCCCUGUGACAAAUUUAUUUUUUAUAGGUAAAACGUAAGGAUUAGUAUCAAUUAUUAAGAGGUGUAUUGCCAUUUUCUUAAGCUCAACAUAUUAUUUGAAUCAUAUAUAGCUAAUUAAUUCCAUGAGUGACAACUUCUCUGUCACCAUCUCUGUGUUUUAGUUUCUUGCUAAAAUCUUGUAGAUUUCAAUGCUUAAUUUCUUUUAGUUUGGCCUUCGAUUUUCUUCUGUUAA